GAGUGGAGCACCAGUCUGGACCAGGAGGACGCAGAGCCCCCCCCACACAUUAAGCAGGAACAGGAGGAACUCAGGAUCAGUCAGGAGGGAGAGCAGCUUCAGGAGCUGGAGGAGGCUGAUAUCACCAAGUCCACUUUCACUCCUGACCCUGUGAAGAGUGAAGAUGAUGAAGAGAAACCUCUGUCCUCACAGCCUCAUCAAAGACAAACUGAACACAUUGAAACAGAAGCUGAUGGAGAUGACUGUCGAGGACCAGAACCAGCCAGGAACUCAGAUCCAGAGAACUCUUCUGAACCUGACACUGGAGACUCUUCUGAACCUGACACUGAAGACAGUGCUGAUUGGAAGGAGACCAGAAAACCUGCAUCAGGCUCAAACUCACUGAAAAAUAGACAUGAAUCCGUCAGUGAUCCAAGACAAAACAAACCAUUCAGCUGCUCAGUCUGUAAGAAAGCUUUUUCACAGAGUGGACAUUUAAAGAGACACAUGAGAGUCCACACAGGAGAGAAACCCUUUAGCUGCUCAGUUUGUACCAAAUAUUUUACAUUGAGUGGAACUUUAGAUAGACACAUGAGAAUCCACACAGGAGUGAAACCACACAGCUGCUCAAUCUGUAAGAAAGCUUUUUCACAGAGUGGAAGUUUAAAGGGACACAUGAGAAUCCACACAGGAGAGAAACCUUUUAGCUGCUCAGUUUGUACCAAAUAUUUUGCAUUGAGUGGAACUUUAAGAAAACACAUGAGAGUCCACACAGGAGAGAAACCAUACAGCUGCUCAGUCUGUAAGAAAGUUUUUUCACGGAGUGGAAGUUUAAAGGAACACAUGAGAAUCCACACAGGAGAGGAAAUAUACAGCUGCAAUGUUUGUGACAAAAGAUUUAAAUGGCGUAUGUGUUUCAAUAGACACAAAUGUGUUGGUUGUCAGUCCUCAAAGCUUAAUGAAAUUCAAACUGAGGAUAACAAAUCUGCCUGACUGGAUCAACAUUGUUGCACAGUAUUCAUAUAAGUAUUAUAAGUAUUCAUAUAUUUUUGGUUGCAGUCUUUGAUGGUAGGUAGUGUGUUUGUAUGUGUGCAUGUUCAAAGUUAUAGUGAGUUUUGUGGCUGGACAGGGAUGGGAGUGAUGGAGGCCACAGCUCUGGGGAAGAAGCCGUUCUUCAGUCUGUUGGUGCGGGAUGUUAUUGACCUGAACCGUCUGCCGGACGGCAGCAGUUCGAACAGUGAGCGGCCGGGGUGUUUGAUGUCUCUGAUGAUACUGCUGGCUUUCUUCUGCAGUCGACCUUUGUAGAUGUUGUCAAGGUUGGGCAGCUCAGUCCCAACGAUGCGCUGAGCAGCCUUCACCACCCGUUGCAGGUCCUUCCACUCUGCGGCUGCGCAGCUGGUGUACCACACAGUUAUGCAGCUGGUCAGGGUGCUUUCAAUAGUCGACCGAUAUAAGUUUACCAGCAGUUUUUGUGGAAGCCUGGCCUGUCUCAGUUUCCUCAGGAAAAACAGUCUCUGCUGUGCCUUUUUCACCAGGUUUGAGGUCCAAGUUAAAUGAUUGGAGAUGUUGACUCCAAGGAGCCAUAGGUCCUCCACGCUCUCCACUGCUUCUCUGUGGAGGGGGACUUCCUUUUUUUGACCUCCUGAAAUUAACAGUGAGCUCCUUAGUUUUGGUUUUAGUUACUCCCUAAGCCUGAUUUCACCAGCCUGCAACCGAUUCGUUAAUAAUCACAAAUGUUCAUUUCUUUGACCCCUUGACUCUACAACUUUCUUGUUUAAUAAUUGUUACAUCUCCUCAGGACCAAGUUCCCGUGUCCUGCCUUUCACCUGCUGAUCACCCACUGCUCAUUUAAGGUGGACUGACCUUUACAAUGGACCAGCUAGUCUUAGUGUCUUAAUGCAAACGUGCUGUAAAGUGAUGCUAGACCAAAAACGUGCUGUUGGAUUGUGUGCUCUCUGCAGGACGGUGUCUGUACUCAAAGAUUGUUCAUGAAAUGAGAGUUUAACUCUGUUUUUGUUGACCAAACGACGCCAAAAGAGCGAUACGUCUUCUUUCCAGCAGGUGGCAUACAUGUUACAUUUUCCAGUUCAACUGUCAUCCACAUAUUAAUGAUUCAAAACAGCAAUGUGUAAGAUAUGGCUAGUAAUUUACUAUUCAACAGAAUGUGAAGAGGUUACAGUCUUGAUGCCAUGUCCAAUAUGUUCAUGUUUUGUUUGAUUAAAUCUACUGAAAUGAGCAUUCAAUGACUAAA